GAAAUAAUCUGCGACCGUCCUAAAUGAACAUGUCACUACCAUCAUUAUCAUCCACGCCAUCAACAUCACUGGCGUUGACGUCAGUUGGUUCAAUGACUGACAUCAUUCUUAUGAUGUCGACAUCUUACAAAAACAAUAUGGCGUCGACGGACAUGGUGGAUUGGCCAACGUCCGAACCAGUUUGGGCUUCUACUCCGAACCAGACCGAAGCGGACUCAACCGGUUCCAGCGGAAACAUUUCACCGAUACAAGUCGUGCUUUUGACUGCGUUCAUCAUAUGCAUGAUAUGGGGCAACAUUGGGAAUAUGUUGGUCAUGGGCGCCAUAUUGACUGACAAAAAGUUACGUAAUACCGUGGCAAAUAUCUUCAUCUUCAAUCUUGCCAUAGCGGAUUUUUGUGUGACAUCAUUUGUCGAUCUUUCGUACGUCCUCGGAAACAUCUACCCCCAUUGGCUAGAAAGUCACUCAAUCUUGUGCAAUAUGGCCGCCUCUGUCUGUAUCAUAAGCUGUACAUGUUCCAUGUGGAGCAUAUGCUCUAUCAGUAUCAACAGAUACGUGUGUAUAACUAAGUCUAAAUUUUACGGAACCAUCUACACACGUCGGAAUACCCUCCUCAUUACGGCUAGUCUUUGGAUUCUAUGCGCUUUUAUCGACUUACCCAACUACAUAGGCCUGGGCGCACAUAUUUUUGAUGAGAAGAAGAUGGGAUGCUCGUUCGACCGACUGGGAUACUACGGCUAUACGGUUUACUUCAUUGGAAUGGGGGUUUUGAUUCCACUGUGCCUUGUUCUUUUCUGUUACAUCCGGGUCUUUUCGUUCGUCCGCGAGAGUGAGAGAAAGAUUCAUAGCUGGCGAAAUCAGGGUAACGCCGCUGCUCAGAACCAGGCCCCGCGGGUUACAAAGGCAGAUCGACGACUUAUGAUCACCGUCUUCAUCAUCUUCAUCGUGUUCUUGACCUGCUGGACCCCGUACGUCAUCAUUGUCCUGGCCGACGUCAACAACGUGUAUCCGAGAGAACUCUACGUCGGAGCCGUUAUCUUGGCCCACCUCAACUCCAGUAUGAAUAGCAUUCUCUACGGGAUCACGAACCGAAGGUUCCGAGCAGCAUACAAGCGCUUACUCUUCGCCCGAUUCUGCAGUCGUAGUGAAUCUGCUAGUAAGGAUAACAACAUUACUUUGGAUUCAACAGAUCACCCCAGCGGAAAGACUAGGCCAACGGAAGAAAGUCGGAUUGCAUAAGGGCAAUGACCAGGCCUACGUGAUGGUGCUACAAUACUUGAGGAAUGGAUUUCACCUAGGUUAAAAAAGGAGGAGCGAACUCUCCAACUUGUGUAUUAUCUCUGAUUGACUGUAAAUGUUUGUGAUGAUUACCAAUAAUAGAACGGGUGGAUAAAUUUGCCUUUUGAGUGUCUAUCAUUAUGAAUAUGUCAUAAAAUUCUAGGUAAGAAAUGGGACUCUAAAAUUCACAUGGGAUAUUUCCUAUUCAAUUUAGCAGUGGUCCUUAACAUCAACAUUUAAAAUGAGAGACGUAACCAGGGCUCGAACCACUGAUUCUGUUUGUAACUUACCCACGUAGCUUGGAUUACAGGCGCACAUUACAUCGCCCAGAUAAUUAUCUUUAUGCAUAUAGGUGCUCUAUAUUAAAGGGUCUAUCAAAAAUAGGUACAAACUAACAGGAAUGAUAUGUUUCCUUAGUCACACCAUUCAAUCCGUGCCAUAGUACAUCACGCCUGUUCAUUGGAGAAAAUGUCACACGAUUGGUUUUUUUAUGCCAUAAUGUGUCGACUUCCCGCAAGAGGGAACGUAGCGCGCGCACGUGCGCAAAAGGUACAUUUUCGAGAACACGCAAACUAUGUUUUUACCUUAUUUUGUGCUUUUAGUAGCUAGUGUAUUACUUUCUGUCCUAAUUCUCAAACUUUCUGACACAGCAAGAUGCUUCUUCAUUGAUAUUUUGUGAUUUUAUUUCUAAUACUCUAAACGCUUUCUAAUCUUAAGAAUGAAUACCGUACGCCAUUUUUCCGGGAACAAAUACACGCAAUCUACUGAUCAAGUUCCCGGAAAAAGGCGCUAACGCGAAUGCGCAAUCCAGUUACCAGUUGGGUGUUUCAUAAAGCUGUUCGUAAGUUAAGAGCGACUUUAAGAACGACUGGUGAACCUUUCUUACGCGCGUAACCAUCGCCAAUGAAUAUACCGUUUCCACAAUAAAGAAUCACCAGUCGAGCUUUAUGAAACGGCCUCCAGAAAAGGGCCGCUAGCGCUAAUCGGUCUAUGAGCGUAAGCACGUUGAACAAAGAAGUGUUUUUUUUUCCGGGUACGAAAAUGCAAACCAGUUCUCAGAAAAAGGACACAUCUAUGUGUGUAAAACACGUUGGAAUGUUUUUUUUUUCUUAUUACGCCAUAAUGACGUCACAUUUAGGUUCGAGAAUGGUACCAUAAAAAGGUUCAUGACACGCCUUUUCCAUUUCUGCGAUAG